AUGCAUGCAAAAUUAUAUUAUCCCUAUUUCUCUCAUCUACAUUCUUCUCCUCUUUUCCCCUUCUUCUCUUUCUCUCUAGAAUCCUUUUUUCCCCUUCGAUUAACAAAAAGGAUUCAAGAGAAAUCGAAAGAGGGGAGAGAUGGGGCAACAAACGUUGAUCUACAGUUUUGUUGCCCGGGGAACGGUGAUUUUGGCUGAAUAUACUGAAUUCACAGGUAAUUUCAAUAGCAUUGCCUCGCAAUGCCUCCAGAAAUUACCUGCAUCCAACAAUAGGUUCACCUACAAUUGUGAUGGGCACACUUUCAAUUUUCUCGCGGAGAGUGGAUUUACCUAUUGUGUGGUUGCUACUGAAUCAGCAGGCAGGCAACUUCCCAUUGCGUUUUUGGAACGUAUUAAGGAUGAUUUUAGCAAGAAAUAUGGUGGAGGAAAAGCUACUACUGCUACUCCUAAAAGUCUAAGCAAAGAAUUUGGGCCAAAAAUGAAAGAGCAAAUGAAAUAUUGUGUUGAUAAUCCUGAAGAAAUUAACAAACUUGCUAAGGUGAAAGCUCAAGUUUCAGAAGUUAAGGGAGUGAUGAUGCAAAACAUUGAAAAGGUUCUUGAUCGUGGUGAGAAGAUUGAACUUCUAGUUGAUAAAACAGAAAAUCUUCGAUCACAGGCUCAAGAUUUUAGGCAACAGGGAACCAAGAUAAGAAGGAAGUUAUGGUAUGAAAAUAUGAAGAUUAAACUAAUUGUGUUAGGGAUAAUCAUAGCUUUGAUUCUCAUUAUCAUUUUAUCAGUUUGCCCUGGCUUCAAAUGCAUGUCUUGAAUAAUUAAUUUGCAUCAAAAACAAUAUUUAUUAUUUUUACCACAAAAUCUACUAAUUACCGUUAAAUUAAUUGAUUUUUCUUUCAUAAUAUGGUAUAUUAUACACAAGAGGAGGUGAAAUUGGCCUAUAUUAUGAUGUAGAUUGUAUAUUAAUCAGGAUUAGUUUGUCCUAAUUACUUUUCACUUUUUAGGGGAAUUGCUUCAAUUGUACUAUGUUAAGUUUUAUUUAAUGUUGUUUCUCAAAAAAUGAGAUUUCAUAA